CCACCUCUUCCUCGUCGUCAUCUACACCGUGCUCGCACGUUCGCGCCCGCCAUGUCCCGCUUCCGCAACUCUUUCCUCAAGAACUGGUUCGCCGUUGAGGCAAUCCCUAUCUACGCCGUCGUCGGUGUCGUCGUCGCGGGCGGUACCUGGUAUCUCGCGCGCCUCGCGCGGGGCCCUACAGUCGUCUGGACGAAGGAGAACCCGACUCCGUGGAACGACAUCAAGCCGAACGAGGGCACGAAGAUUCUGACCGUGAACCAGCACUUCGACAAGAGCUGGGAGCGGAGGAAGAUGUGAGGGGCUGGAUGUCGAUACACAGACCCGUCGUUGUACCCGCUCGCUUGUCCAAUCCCAUCCUGACUGCCUCUGCCGCCUCCCUGAGUCUCUGUAGUUCGAGCGCGAGCUGGUCCGUGACGCGUGACCGGGUGCGACCCGGAUGACAUCGAUGAUCCCGCGAGACGUCCUGUGGUUUGCAGCUUCGCCGGGACUCUCACAGUUAUUCCACGACCUGCUCUAAACAUGACCGUGCCACUCGGCUCUCC